UAUCUGAGCUCGUCGUCGGUGAUACUCGUCGGGCAGUGUUUGAUUAUUUUUCAUUAAUACCUCGGAGUUAAAAUUCCCCAGACACCCAGAAUUUCUUUAAUAAAGUGAGUACUGUGUUUAUUUAAGUUUCACAUAUAUUCGGGAGUGGUAUAAAUGCUCUAUUUUUAUUUCUGCGAUCGUGUGGCUUGAAGGCGCGCGCGCCGCUGGUGUAGACUGUAUUUUCACUAUUAUUCCCGAGUGUUUCGUCGUUGUGUUACAAAUAUGGCGAGCACCAGUGUUCUUGCUCGAAAAUUAUAUCGAUUGUUAAGAAUAACGCGAGACUUGUCAACAGUGAAGUGGAAUAAUCAUGGAAAUACUGGGAGAAUUAUCAAAAGUGGAGCAGGAGCUCUGGCUGUUGGAUCAGCUGUUUUUUACAUCAGCCACAAAUAUAACAGUGAAAACGUCGUGUACGCAGCUCGACCGCGCAAGAGGGAUGAUGAACUUCAGAAGGCUGUAAGAUUAACUAUGAGGGAAAGAAGAUUCAUAAAAUUUGCAUCUGUCGAGUAUGAUGGCCAGCUGUACAUGACCCCCCAAGAUUUUCUCGACAGUGUCGUCGAGUCCGAGCCAAGACUCACCUCGGUACGGAGGACCGCACAUGUUUCGGGGUAUGAAAGACAAAGGGAUCGUCUCAUACACGGAGUACCUGUUUUUGCUAUCCAUACUCACAAAACCACAGACUGGCUUCCGAAUCGCAUUCAACAUGUUUGAUACUGAUGGUAACGAGAGAGUUGAUAAGAACGAAUUUCUUGUGAUAAGAAAGCUGUUUGCUCGUGGACUGAAGGAUCGUGAACUCGAUGAUUCUACAAGGCGAGCCUUGCGAACUCUCGUUGCCCCGAGUGAAGAGGCCCUCGCCAUCCGAGCAAAACUUCGAGACAGUCAUCAGAAAGAAUCGCCCCAAUCAUUCUCAAAUUCUUACAUGGAGAAUAUCUUUAGCCAUGCAUGGAGAGGACGUCAUGGUGGAGUUCCAUUCCAGAUUACUGCAGGCAAGAGAGCGAGAAACUAUGAGAAUAUGUUGGGAGAAGAGGAUCAGGGAUUGCAACGUCGAAAUACUGUGGAUACAACUCUGAUGGUCCAUUUUUUCGGUAAGGAUGGAACGAAGGAGCUGAAGUACGAAGGAUUCCGACAGUUCAUGGAGAAUCUCCAGUAUGAGGUAUUGGAGCUGGAAUUCAGCGAAUUCAGCAAGGGCCAACACACCAUUACUGAAAUGGAUUUUGCUAAGAUUCUGCUGAGAUACACGUACCUGGAUAUGGAUGAGUAUGAUAAAUAUUUGGAGAGACUUCUGAAUCGCUCGAUGUACAGUAUUGAUAUCACGUUCGACGAAUUUCGAAAAUUUUAUCAGUUCCUGAACAGUUUGGAUGACUUCUCGAUUGCUAUGAGAAUGUACACGCUGGCAAAUCAUCCAAUAUCUAAAGAUGAAUUCCUUCGAGCUGUGAAAAUCUGCACUGGUACCAGUAUAUCCCAUCACAUAGUCGACACAGUCUUCGCUCUUUUCGAUGUUGACGGUGAUGGACAAUUAUCCUAUGAGGAAUUUAUUGCAAUUAUGAAAGAUAGACUUCACCGUGGGUCCAAGUCGCAGCCAAGAGGCGAGGGAUGGGAAGCAUUCAAAUACUGUGUGAAACAGGAAAUGAAAGGACCUUAGAGCAUCUGACCAAUAAACGCAGUUACCGCUUCUCCUCAACUUCUAAUUUGAUUAAAUUUAAAAAAUUGUGAUAUUUUUUAAUUAUCGUUACUCACCUGUCGUUACUUGCUAUCUAAACAAAUGUCAAUCCUUCAUGAAUUUAAUAACUGUUUGUAAUUAAUUGUAAAUCUUCAAUAGAUGAGCAUAAGGAUUUUUAGUGCUUGUUUAUACUCUCAAGAUAGAUAUGAAUAUUCACUGAAACACUAGCUUCUAUUUGUUGAAUUGCAUAACUCCGUUUAAAAAAUGUAUUUAAUGAUAUUAUAUGUUGAAAAAAAAUAGUUUUCUUUAAAUAUU